GUCUAUGGGAAUUUAUUUGUAGUGGUGCACCCCGCGGACUUGCUCCAAUCUAUCGCCAUGUUUACACAUAUUCACUAUUGUGUCGACUUCGUAGUUGUGGCGUCAUUGGAAAAAAUUACCUCUAAAAUUGUGAACUGUUACUAAUUCUUCGGUGUAAUGAACAUCCAUUCUAUGAAAAAAAACGACCUUUGCACUGUAACCUUUGUUCAUUUGCGCAGUAGGAGAAACCCUUUCUGUGAUUAUUCAAGAACGACUCCCCACCCACUUUUCCUCCAAAAGUUUACUCCGUUUUGGGGUGACGCAGGGUACACACAGAUCCUGGGUGGGGUUUGUGGAGGCGAAGGAAGAGGCAAAAGGGUUCAUGACCCUUUACUUUGCGAACAGCGUUCCCUGUAUCGCGAUGCUGAUUCGUGUGGUUCCAACUUCCGGUAUUAAUGUUGGUGACGAUCACGGACACAUGCGGUAUAUAGAUGUAGUUCAUCCAUUGCAGUUGUGCGGUGCCCACAGGUGUUAUUUGUUGUUGGCUCGGAUCAUGACUGUAGACCAGUAAACGAAGUUCUCUCAAAAAUAUUCCCAAUUUCUGCAUCAAGUUGAAUUGACGAUCCCGUCCCAAAAUCAGUAUGGAAGGAAGUAUUAAGCCAGGACUUUACCACUUACCACUGCCAAUCAACCACCCAUCCUUGGAUAAAGAUGCUAUUAAGAUGAAGCUGAAUGAUAUUGAAUCGGACUUGAGGACUCGAAAAGACCGAGCAGAAGAAUUCGCCAUUCUCAACAUCAUUGGGCUUCUGAAUUUCCACCUCAAACGCUACAAAGACGCCGAGACAAAUUUUCGCGCCAUUCUCUCCAAGGAUGGACGCAAUCUCAACGCACUAGCUAACAUACAAUUUCUAUUUAAGAAAGUUUACAGGACAGUAGAAGGUGAAAGAUUUGAGAGAAAACUGAAGGAGUACCUAAGUGAAUCUACAGAAGAAGCCAUCAGGAACAAAGCAAGGUGCAGAGCGGAGCAGGCUUAUGCUUAUGCCUGCGAUAUGCACACAGAUAACGCUGGCACUGAGCGAUUCAUCGAAUCCAAUGGCAUUUUUCACACAGCUCUUGAAAUUGGUGGAGAUUGGAUAGAGACAGCGGAAAAGGACAUGUGGAAAUUCUGCAUGGCCAAAAAUGCGCAUAAGAUCUUCGAUAAGUUUUGCUUCGGAGAAAAUCACUUGCAAUCAAGAGACUACAUGGACACAGCAGUAAACCACUUCUAUGAAAUAACGCAAAGAGAUCCAGGGGAUUCGGAGUACCAGUGCGAAAGCUGGCGCCAUUUGGGAGACAUUUUUCGUAAAAUUAAGAACAGGAAGCACUGCACAUCUUCCCAUUUGCCGGACUGCCUGAAGAAAUUUAUCGAAGACCCGGAGGAGUGCAUGAAAAAGGCACGAGACACUGCAACGUCAGACAUUUCAAAGGCUAGGAUUUUAGCUCGCUACGCAAACUUUGUAUAUUCCCUUCGACGGCACACCAACGAGGCACUGCGAUUACUUGAUGAGUCGAUUAGGCUGGAUGACAGUGACUAUAACUUCUACGCUUUUAGCACGAGAGGAACAGUCCGACUGAAGUUCUUUAAAUGGAAAAUCCGAAGGUUUAAGGAGGACAGUAAACGACAUUCCCAACCAGAUCAAAGUGUGCUGAAACAUGCAUUACGUGAUAUGGAGAAGGCAACAGAAAUCCGCAAUGCUUCAUGGGACCUGCUAAAUAUAGCUGAGGUUUACCACUUGUUGGCGGAGCACACGGAUGAGUCAAACGAGACAAAGAGAGGGUACCUCGAGAGGGAAUUUGGGUACCUCAAACAGGCUGAGGAUUGUGAAGACGGAGGCAGGCAAGCACACGUGAAACGCUCACUCGGUCGCUGCCUGUUCGACUUGGGUCAUUAUCGCGAGGCAAUUGAACGCUUUAACGAAGCUUUGGACUUGCAGCCUGCGACUUCUCAGUACACAGGAUACUUCCAUGAACUAUUUCGCUGCUACCUCUGCUUACUGCGAAGCGAACCAAAGGUUGAAUCCUCUUUGGACGAGAUGGCCGAAUCGUUGAGGCAGGCAAUGGAGAAGUACGGAAGUAGCACCCUUCUCAAGUACUGCUGCGGCUCAUGGCGAGCAGAAUACAAACAAGAACUACAGAUAUUCGUUGAUUAUUGCAGAACAAUUCCACACAAUGAGGGUCUCUUGAAGCUGUUGAUGGCAAACGAACCACCGUCCCCACUGAGUCCACCUCCUCGACAAGGAGGACUGCUGAAAGAGUCGUGGGAAAGCCCAGAACAACAAGCGGGUGAUGGCGUGGCGAAGAAGGAUGGAGAUUCCGAUAACUUGGGCCAUCAGUCCCCUGACUCCUUGGGUGCAUCCUCUCCAGCGUCUCCAGAUCUAGCAGGUGCAGCUGCCUCACUAGUGAGCGGAAUCAAAAGCAUGACUAUAGAGGACACGUCAGUCGGAGAAGCCCGAGAAAAUAUAUCAAAUAAAAAUAUCGAAUAUGACUUCUUCGUGGUGUAUUCCAAGAGCAACGACAAAUGGGUACACGAGGAAUUGCUUCCCAAGAUGGAGACUAGGAACCUGAAGGGGUGCACAGACCGCACAGAUUCCUUAGCAGGUUCCCUCGUCAUUGAGAGCGACCUCAACUUGAUGAAGAUCAGUGCUUGCAUUUUACUUGUCAUUACAGAUGGUUUCGAGACAGAGUGUCAGUAUUACAUGCAUCAGGCUCUUAUGCUCAGAAAACGCUGUCAUGCCAUUUUCCCGAUUCGCAGGGACCAAUCUGCAGUGCCGGUGGAGCUGAGAGAUGUCUUUUGUUGCUUUGAUGCCACCAGUGACGUAAUACGUUGGGAUAAAUUAGCUGCAGAUAUCAAGCGUCAGAAAGAUACAGCCAUGAGGGCUUUGCAGCGGUAACAUUUUUAAUAGAAGUUACUGGCAAAGAUGUAAGACAAUUGGACAAUGUAUUACAUGCAUCAGGCUCUAAUGCUCAGAAAACCUGGUCAUGCCAUUUUCCCGAUUCGUAGGGACCAAUCUGCAGUGCCAGUGGAGCUGAGAGAUGUCUUUUACCGCUUCGAUGCUAGUUGUGAAAGAAUACGUUGGGAUAAAUUAGCUCUAGAGAUAAAGCACCAGAGAGAUACAGCUGUUCGUGCUUUGCAGCGGUAACAAUCCCCGUAUGAGUUGUUUUUUUUUCCAGUGAAAGUCAAUGAUGAAUAUGCAAGAAAGUGCCAUUGGGUGCGUAGCCACAAUAAGCCUUUUGCGAGUUAACUUUGACCCAAAUCUGGUACACUGAGUUCUUUAAAUUCACGUGAAC